UAAUGUUUGGUCCACUUUUUCAACAGUCCCACAGACCAGCCGGCCAGACAGGCCUCAGACAAGUCAGGAUGAGGCUGGGAUUGCAGGUUCUGCUUCUGGAAGCCGACCUCCUGUAAGGCGCCCAUCACAGGGCUCGGGCCACUUACCCAGGAGGCCAAGUAAGACACGGCGUCUUGGCACGGAAUCUGCGGCUCCAUCAUCCCCACCCAGGCGACGCAUUUCGGCAGUGUCACCCCAGCCACCACUGGCACUAUUGGCGAGUUCGCAGAGUGAUGAGCCCCGAUCACCUCAGUUAUCUGAGCCCAGCUUGAUGGCCGACGUGGACCAGCAGGGACAAGACCAACAGGCAACCAUCACACUGCAACUUACACCUGUUGACCCAAGCCAGCCAAUACAGCUGCAGGAUAUCCCCCAAGCCUCCAUCAGUCCACAACUGGCACAAGCUCCGCCCCCAACCCAAAUACCAGAUGACUUUUGGGCCAGUUGGACAAGGCAACAGGCCCAAAGCAAUGCCAGCCUGACCGCACAUACACAACACCUUGCCAGUCUGCCCCAUCAUCUACCGCGCAUUAGUCGCAACUCGGGCAGACUGAUUGUACAAGUAGGGCGAAUGGCAACCUCAAUGGAGCAAAUAAGGGCUGACAACAGCCAAAUGCUUGCUCAUUUAACGCGCAUCAUAGAUGAGCAACAGCGCCAUCAGCAGGCACUCGUUCAGCUCAUUCAGCACAACCAGGUUGUGAAUGAGUCCUUAUCCCGGAUUGUAGCCAGCCACACUGCAACCAACACUCAACUGAUUGCAAGCAUUAAUAAUUUGAGCAGCAAUAUUACAUUGAUGGGAGCUCACCAAGUAACCUCCAGCUCGGGGACCACGACCCCUAUCCAAACGCCAGUAACCUCCCCUGUUCGGCGUUCCUCCAGAGCACGUGCCAGUGAGCCAGCACAAAGCACAGCACCCAGCACACACAAGCGGAAAAAAUAACCCCAAUGUGAUUUGCAAAAUAAAAAUUUGUA